GACUGCCAAAGACAUGGGAGAACCAAGGGCUGCUCCUGGAGUUCAAAUAGUACCUACAUUGAUUUCUAUAAUGCAGCAGUGGGCUUUGGAACACACCAGGUUAAAUAUCGCCAUUAUGGGAGAGCGAGGCUGUGGAAAAUUGUCCUUCAUUAAUGCCAUGCGUGGGCUAUGUGAUGAAGACGAAGGUCCUGCCCCAGUUGAGGAGGAAGAAAUUAUGAUGAAGCCAACAGCUUAUCAGCAUCCCAAACACCCGAGGGUGACUUUCUGGAGACUGACGAUAAGUGGGACAGAAGAUGUUCAACCAGAGGCAUAUCUCCAGCAGGUGAAAUUUGUCCUCUAUGACUUCUUCAUCAUCAUGUGUUUAGAGAGAUUCACACCUAAGCAUGCUGAGCUGGCCCGGGAGAUCCGGAAGGCAGGGAAGAUGUGUUACUUUGUGCGCUCCAAGGUGGAUGCAGAUUUGGAUUCUGCCAGACAUAGCCGGCCCUCCACCCAUGAUGAGGAGGAAAUACUGCACAACAUCCGUAACCACUGCAUCAGAUGCCUGGAAGUGGGAGGGAUGAUCAAUCCUGAGGUUUUCCUCCUCUGUACAUUUCAAUUAGAGAAGUACGAUUUUCCCCUCCUGAGAGCGAGCAUGGAGAAAGCGCUCCCGGGUGACAAGAAAAGGGCUUUGAUACUGGCCCUGCCCAACUCCUCUCUGCAAAUCUUGCAAAAGAAAAAGGAAGCCCUACAGAAGCAGAUCUGGAAAAUAGCCCGUGUGUCCUCUCUAAUCACGGUUCUUCACAUACCCGGUGUCUCCACCAUUCUUGAUGUAACCAUCCUGCUGACAUGCAUGAGAUAUUAUUGCCAGGUCUUUGGCCUCGAUGAUGUCUCCUUCAUGGCUCUCGCGAGGCAGUUUGGCAAACCAGCGGAAGAGCUGAAGGCCGAUAUGAAGCCCCUGCUGGCCAAGGAAAUUAGCAUUAACGUGGUCUUGCAGCUCCUGUCCUCGGUUGCGUGCGGCAUAUUCAUAGGAACUGAUUUGUUUCUGUGGCCUUCACGGGUGCUAGGAUUCAUGCUGUCUGGUGGAAUUUCACUGGCUACCACGUAUAUCCUGCUGAAAACCUUUCUCAACCGUGCUGCUGAAGAUGCACAAAGAAUCCUACAGAAGCUAAGUCCACAAAAACAGGGAAAGCUAACGAAGCUAACGAGACGACUCAAACAAGUAAAGAUUUCUAGGACUGGCAUCUAAAUGUUCAGGGUACACACUUCACGAGCACCAUGUGCUUAUUCUGCUGUUCUUGUCCCUGUUCUGGUCCUUCCUUUUGAAGCUCCCCUGAUGUAAUCCUCCAGCGCGUAACUCCGCCAGCUUCCACUUGACACGGGAACUGGGCUGAGAUUGUCACACCAGACGGGCUUAGAUUGGAAGAACCAGCAUCAUAAACCCGGGUCAACAGAUGAAUAGUGAAAUGAUUGAAUUUAGGAGUGUGGGAAAGAGGCUGGCUCAGAGCCUGAGUUCCUUCGAGUAUUCCCAGCCGGCCCUGUUUUACUUUCCUUCUCAUAGUUCUUUCUUUCUUAUAUUGUUUCUUUUCCUGUUAUCUAGUUAUAUUACAGCAACACUUACUAGAGACCCCAGCUGGGAUCAGGGCCCCGUUGUGCCAGGCGCUGCCCAGACACAGUGAGAGACAGUCCCUGCCCCCAGCUGAGACCGGGACCCAGGCAUGCCGGGUGCUGCCCAGCCAGAGACAGUCCCUGCCCCUAACAGUUUACAAACAGACAAAAGUGGGAGGGGAAAUGGAGGCACAGAGCGAGACCCCAAGCAGGCCAGAAACACACCCUGUAUCUCCUGACUCCAAGGCUAGUGGGAUAACAAACCGCAUCCCUCGCUUCCUCUCUCAGUCUUUUAGCUCUGCUUCCUUGUUCACCGUUCAGCAGCAGGCUCCAUGCCGCCUGGGAUGGGGCGCUCCCGGGGGGCUGCACAGGUCCUGGCAUCUCAGCUCAGCGGCGCUAGCCUACAGGAAAAGAAAAUCUGGGCCUGGCAGCUCUGCCAUCUGUGUGGUCUGCUGCGGGAGCUACUGCUGCUUUCCCUGCAGCCCUAGGGACGCAUUUUCACAGCGGGGGCAGAGCCAGGGGUGCGCAAAUUUCUGCAUCCUCGUGUUCUCCUCCGUCCCAAGCCUCCCGCCAGACUAGCCUGGGGACCUCGAGAAGACGGUCGCUGAUAGAAACACUGUGUGUAUCGCUAUUAAUGCUGUAGGUUUCCCGCCUAGGAAAUGGGUUUGAGUCCCUCAGUCUGCAUCAUAUCGCCCUCUGCAUCCUGAGCCAGCCAGUCCCUUCCCUGGGGCCAGA